AUGCUGCCUUACCUGUUCCCUGAGCUGUCCACCUUUGCUACAGUCGCCGAUCUUAUCACCCACCUUCGCACUAGUGACGCUCGCCUGCGUGCCGCCCUUCCCACCGAGUUCUGCGCUAAGAACCCCCCUCCACUGUACUGGACACUCCACUUCAUAGUCACCCGUCUCCCUGACACCCUCAGCUCAGUGCGCGACUAUUUCCUUGCUCGCUGUCCCACUGAGCUCACCGUUGCCCUCCUAGAGGAGAAACUGCUAGCAGCCGAGAAGAGCAUUGUAGCUGUAGGUGCUGCUCGUGGCGCUCCUCGCACCCCCAUCUUUGAGGGGUGUUCUCCCUCUCCCCUCGCUCCCUCCUACGCUACUGCUGCUGCUGUUGACUUCCUUGGUGCUGAGUCUGCUGGCGCUGCUUCUGCUCCUGGUGGGAGGCGCCGCACCGGCAAGGGCAAGGGGGGCAAGGGUGGCGGGGGUGGCGCUGGGGGGGGAGGAGGUGGGGGAGGUGGGGGGGGAGGCGGUGCUGGAGGGAGCGGUGGCGGGAGUGCUGGUGGGAGUGGGGUCGGCAGCGGAGGCGGGGGCGGCGGAGGGAGCGGUGGCGGUGGUGGCGGUGGCGGCGGUGGCGGUGGCGGCGGUGGCGGCGGCGGCGGUGGCGGUGGCGGCGGUGGCGGUCGGAGCGGAGGUGGUGGUGGCGGCGGAGGUCGGAGUGGAGGCACUGGCUCGGGCCAGAGCUCCCACCAGCAGCAGCGUCCCCAGACGACCCAGCAGCUUCGUGAGUGGCUUGCUCAGCGUGGGACGUCGGGGGGCAGUGGCCGCUGUUCCUAUGUCAUUCGCACAGGUGACCGCAAGGGACAGACGUGUGGGAGGUUCCACACCCCGUACCGCUGCUUCUUCCGCCUUGACGACGCUUGGCGUGAGGAGAUCGGCGAGGAUGUUGAGCGCCCCCGCUGGGCGGAGCUGAUGAGGGCUGGUGUUGAUAUCUUUGCUCUUGACUAUGAUGCUAUUAUUGCUGCCAUGUAUGCAUUGACUGUUAGUGCCGAGGGAGACUGUUACUUGUGUGUGCCGCCUGACCCAGGUAUAGAGCCCGCUGCCCUAGGUACUAGUGAGUCUGCUCUCUCUGGUACGGUCCCCUCUGUGGCUGCUCCCUCCAGUACUGUCCCUGCUGCUUGUGAGUCUGCUCUCUCAGGUACAGCACCCACAGAGACUGCUCUCUCAGGUACUGCACCGGCUGAGGCCUGUCACACCUUCACCCUUGACUCAGGUGCUUCCCGCUGUUUCUUUCGUGACAGUACUGAGCUCACACCGCUUCCUGCACCGGUCCCAGUCUCCUUGGCUGACCCCUCGGGGGGCCCAGUCCUGGCACGGUCCACCACUGUGCUCCCGUGUCCGGCGGUUCCGUCUGGCUCGUUGUCGGGUUUCCACCUCCCCUCGUUCUCGACGAACCUGGUGAGCAACGCUGUCAUCCAGGAUCAGUGGGUUGACACCUUUACCCCUGGCGGACAGCGUGUGGCGAUCCUCACGUGCUCCAGGACCGGCCGUCACCUGGCUACGUUUACCCGUCAGCCGGGGUCGAGUCUCUACACACUGACCACUGCGUCUCCUCAGGUCGCUGCUGUCGGUCAGGUGUCCGCGUCAGGUCUGGUAGCCCACGCCUGUGAGUGUCGUUCCCUGUCGCACCAGACUCUUCUCUGGCACCACCGCCUGGGUCACCCCUCCUUGCCACGCCUCCAUGGCAUGCACCGUCGCCACCUUGUGUCUGGUCUUCCCAGGUCCCUCCCUCCCCUCCCUGCCUCGCCUGCGCCACCUUGCCUUCCUUGCGUCGAGGGGCGGCAGCGCGCCGCUCCUCACUCCUCCUCGUUCCCCCCGACAGAGGCUCCUCUGCAGACCCUCCACCUGGACGUGUGGGGCCCCGCCCGCGUUCGUGGCCAGGGCGGUGAGCGGUACUUUUUGCUGGUUGUCGACGACUACUCGCGUUACACCACGGUCUUCCCCUUGCGCACCAAGGGUGAGGUCCCUGCUGUUCUGAUCCCUUGGAUCCGCACAGUUCGUCUCCAGCUCCGCCGCCGUUUCCGGACGGAUCUUCCUGUCCUGCGUCUGCACUCUGACAGAGGUGGUGAGUUCUCCUCCGACCUCUUGAGGACCUUCUGUCAGGCGGAGGGCAUCGAGCAGACCUUCACGCUUCCGGACUCCCCACAGCAGAAUAGGGUUGCUGAGCGCCGCAUUGGCCUGGUCAUGGAGGUCGCUCGUACCUCCUUGGUCCAUGCGGCGGCUCCCCAUUUUCUGUGGCCGUUUGCGGUCCGGUACGCCGCGCAUCAGCUCAACCUCUGGCCCCGUGUCUCCUUGCCGGAGACCUCGCCCACACUGCGUUGGACGGGGGAGGUUGGCGAUGCGUCGCGCUUCCGGGUGUGGGGUGCUCGUGCCCUUGUCUGCGAUACGUCCGCGGACAAGCUCUCCUCCCGCACGCUUCCCUGUGUCUUCCUUGGCUUUGUCCCUGACGCGCCUGGCUGGCAGUUUUACCACCCCACCUCGUGCCGGGUCUUCGCCUCUCAGGACAUCACCUUUGACGAGUCGGUCCCUUUUUACCGUCUCUUCCCCUACCGCACUGCCCCCCUCCCUCCCCCGCCGCUUUUCCUCGCUCCUGGUCCCCCUCCGGUAGACCCCCUUCCCCCUCAGGGUCCUGCUCCUUCAGGUGUCUCUCAGGUAGACCCUCCUCCCGUCGCUGAGCCUGUCGAGGUCACAGGUGACUCAGGUGCUGCUGCAGGUGGUGCUGCUGGGAGUGCUGAGCCUGGGGGUGCUGAGCCUGGGGGUGCUGGGGCUGCGGGUGCUGGGACUGAGGGUGCUGGAGCUGAGGGUACGGUGCCUGAGCGUACGGAGCCUGGGGGUGCUGAGCCUGGGGGUGCUGCGACUGGGGGUGCUGAGCCUGCGUGUACGGAGCCUGGGUGUGCUGAGUCGGGGGUGCUGAGCCUGGGGCGCUUUCGCCUUCGUCGUGGUCCUGCUGGAGUUGGAGGUUCUGGAGCUGCUCGUCCUGGAGGUGCUCGUACUGGGGGUACUGGAGCUGCCGGGGCUGGGAGCACUGAGGCUGGAGCUGCUGGAGCUGGGGCCUCUGGAGCUGGCGGUACUAGCGGAGUUGGAGCUGCCGGCUCUGGGGGUGCUCUUCCUGGAGGUGCUGGAGCUGCUGGAGCUGACGACACUGGAGCUGACGGUCCUGGAGGUGUUGGUCCUGCUGGUUCUGGAGGUGCUGGCGAGGGGAGGUCUGCCGCUGCUGGGGCCUCUGGUGCUGACGUCGCCGGCUCUGGGGGUGCUGCGGCGGGGGGUGCUGGUACUGGUGCUUCUGGUGCUGCGGGUGCUGGAGGUGCUGGCGGAGCUCCGCCGUCGCGACUGUUCUUCGCUCCACCGUCGCCGUCGGCUUUGCCACCGCCUGACACGGUGCUUCGCCAGGUUCUUUCCCUCCCGUCUUCCACUGGCCUUCCCCUCCAGCCUGGCUCCCCCCUCCCUGCUCCUGUGCCUUAUACUGCACAGCCGGACUCGCUUACGGAGCGUCGUGAGCCUGUGUCUCGUCCUGCCUCGCCUGUUCGCGCUGCUCGCACUGCGCGCACUGGUCCCACUGGUCGUCGUGUCGCGCGUCCGCGUCCUCCUCCUGUUCCUGGCACGCACAUUAUGGCCCUUCGUCCUUCCACUGGUCCACAGCGUGUCCCCCUACCGUCUCCUCCUGCGUCUUCUCUUCCUGACGUUCCCGACCCUGAGUCUGACAGUGUUCGUGCUGCCCACCCUACUGUUACGCGUCUUCUCGCCACUGUUGUCACUGACCCGUCUUUUGAGUCUGCUGCUGCGUCUGCCCUGGUCGCUGAGCUUGUCGACUUUGCUGCUGCCUGUCGUCUAGACUACGCCGCCAGUCUUGUUGCUGAGUCUGCGUCUGUCUGUCCUCCGUCCGUCGGGGGUGAGUGUGCUCUUGGCACGGACGUCCUUGAGGACAGGCAGGAGGACUUUGACUCUCUUGCGGCUGCUGUACCUCAUCUCGUGGCCUGGUUGCUUGCCCCUGAGGGAGACCCGGAUGCACUAGACAUCCCCACUCCGCGCUCUUACGCAGAGGCGAUCUCGGGUCCCUACUCCUCUCAGUGGCAGACAGCCAUGGACGCAGAGAUGGCAUCCUGGAAGUCCACAGGCACCUACGUCGACGAGGUUCCCCCUCCUGGGGCGAACAUCGUCGAUGGCAUGUGGAUUUUCAGGGUGAAGCGGCCGCCAGGUUCUCCACCUGUCUUCAAGGCUCGUUACGUUGCUAGAGGCUUCACGUUCUUGCAGGGCAGCCUGCACGAGGAGAUCUGGCUGCGCCGCCCACCUGGCUUUACUGGGUCGUUUCCUCCUGGUACCCAGUGGAGCCUCCGGCGGCCAGUCUACGGUCUCCGCCAGGCGCCACGCGAGUGGCACGACACACUGAGGACUACACUUGUGGCUCUUGGGUUUGCUCCUUCCACUGCUGACCCGUCACUGUUCCUGCGCACAGACACGUCGCUGCCGCCGUUCUACAUCCUCGUGUACGUCGACGACUUGGUCUUUGCUACUGCUGACACUGAGGCACUCGCUCGUGUGAAGUCGGAGCUGCAGAAGAGACAGGACCUGCACUGA